CCUCGCCCCACAAUGCCCUGCCAUAGGCUGCAGACUGGUGGGCUGCUGAGUGCAGACAGAAAGGAAGGCACUAGGACCCAGCGGUAGGAGAGCGAGUAGGCAGGCAGAGUGGGGCUGAGUCACUGCAUGUGUCUGAGAGGCAGUCAGAAACAGAGCAGAGCAGGGGAGCAGAGGUGAUCUCACACUCAUCAGCACAGGAUAACACAACCAUGAUGGGUUGAUUUGGGGGGAGUCGUUUGGAGAGAGGAAGUGUGCGUUCAUCACUCGCCCAGCCAUGGAGACCAACAAAGUUCUUCAUUUCGUGCCUUCUGAGGCGCCUCCAUCUGGGAUGUCCAAGAAUGGAUACUUCUUUCAGGAAAUGGAGCAGCGGGAGGCAGAGCAGGACGAGGUCAGCGAAGGCCGAGAGGAGACACAGGACUCGCCCAUCGCCUGUGGAGAUGACAUCCACCUUUAUGACAACCAGAUCAGCCCUGGAACAGAUGCUGAUGACUGUGGCUGCGUGUUGCUGAACACGUCAAGAAGAUAUGUGAAGCUGAUGAACUUUGAGGAGGAGGUCCGCGCUCUGCGGGACUUGGAUGGCUUCCUGGCAAAGGCCAGUAUUCUGCUGGAUGAGACCGCCGCCUCCCUGGACGACGUUCUCAAGAGAAUGCUGCACCACGUGGGUCAGGACAGCAAUGCAUAUGAGCCCAGCUGCAACUUCGAGGAGGUGAUGAGCAUGCUUUUCACAGAUGCAGGCGCGCAGGAGGUCAAUGACAAUUCUCAAAGUUUCGUUUUCUUUGAUGACGUUCACCUGCUGUCAGAGACCAUUCAGGGGGUGACGGCCACAGCCACUGGGGUCCAGUAUCAGCAGUCCUGGCUCUGCAUCCUCUGCAAUGUGAAGCAUCUCCAGAGGCGUCACGUGUGCAUCUCCCGCCUGGAGAGACCGCAGAACUGGGGGGAGAACUGCUGCGAAGUCCGCUAUGUCAUCCUGAUUUUGGCCCCAUCCAAAAUGAAAAGUACGAAGACAGCGAUGGAGCUGGGCAGGACGUUUGCCACCCUCUUCUCCGACAUCUCCUUCAGGCAGAAGCUGCUGGAGACGAAGACGCAGGAGGAGUUUAAGGAGGCGUUGUUGUUCCAGAGGCACCAGCUGACAGCAGCCAACCAGCAGCCCACUGCUCUGGGGAAGGAGGAGACGGACCCUCGCAGCCACAAACCGCUCAAAUGUAAAGAUUUCUUCAAAGUUGGCCGUGGCAUCUAUGAGGACUUGUGCCGCAGGCUGCCGUUCUACCCGUCUGACUUCACAGAUGGUAUAGUUGGCAGUAAUAAAACCUUGUUGAAGUACAUGACCACAGCCAUCUUCCUCUACAUUGCCAUCCUCCUCCCAGCAAUCGCUUUCGGUUCCCUCAAUGAUGAGAGCACCCGCGGCGAGAUAGACGUUCGGAAAACUAUCAUCGGCCAAAGCAUCGGAGGGAUCAUCUACUCCUUGUGUGCCGGCUCUCCUUUGGUCAUCCCUCUCACCACAGCACCUCUAGCCAUCUUCAUCAGUGUUAUCCGAGGAAUCUGUGACGACUACAACCUGGACUUCCCAGCCUUCUAUGCUUGCAUUGGUUUGUGGAACUGCCUCUUCCUCAUUCUGGGUGGGAUCUUCAAUGUCAGCCUACUGAUGAAACUCUUCAAAAGGUCGACAGAGGAAGUCAUCGCUCUGUUCAUAUCCAUUGCGUUUGUGGUCGAUGCUGUAAAGGGAACUGUCAAAAUCUUUCAAAGGUACUACAAUGCUCCCACAUCGGCCAACAGAAGCUUAGAGGACUUUCGUCAAGGCGGGGAGGUUCUGGAGGGAAACAGGAGCGAGGUGGCGGCCAGGCUGGUGCUCAACGCCUUGCCAGAGUCCAUCAUCCAGUGCUCCCGGGAGAGGCCCGUGCUCUGCCUGCUGCUGAUGCUUGGGACAUUAUGGAUGGGAUACACCCUCUACCAGUUCAAGAGGAGCCCGUUCCUGCACGCCAAAGUGAGAGAGGUGCUGUCGGACUGCGCCUUGCCCAUCUCCGUGCUCUUGUUCUCCUUCAUCGGGUCCUACAUCUUCAGUGACAUUGAGCUUCCAGUGUUUAAAGUCCACGACCGGCCCAUCUUCAACGUGGCUCCGUUUGAGCGUCUGUCAGCCAUGAACGUGGUCAGCGCCAUGGGACUCGGCUUCCUCCUGGCUCUGCUCAUCUUCAUUGACCAGAACAUUGUGGUUUCCUUGACCAACGCCCCAGAGAACAGGUUGCUCAAAGGUACUGCGUAUCACUGGGACCUGAUGCUCUCCGGGCUCAUUAACAUCCUGAUGUCGGUCCUUGGGUUGCCCUGGAUGCAUGCUGCCUUUCCUCACUCCACCCUUCAUGUGCGGCAGUUGGCUUUUGUGGAGCAGCGUGUGGAGGGCGGACACCUGUAUGAGACUAUCGUACAGGUAAAGGAAACCCGCCUCACAUCUCUGGCUGCAAACAUCUUCAUCGGUGUGUCGCUGCUGCUGCUUCCCGUCCCGCUGCAAUGGAUCCCCAAACCAGUGCUGUACGGCCUUUUCCUCUACAUCGCGCUGACCUCCAUCGACGGAAACCAGAUGUGUGACCGCAUGGCCCUCCUCCUGAAGGAGCAGACAUCCUACCCUCCAACCCACUACAUCCGCAAAGUGCCCCAGAGGAAGAUCCACUACUUCACCUUCCUUCAGAUGAUGCAGCUCCUGGUGCUGUGCACGUUUGGCAUGUACCCGAUACCGUACAUGAAAAUGAUCUUCCCUCUGGUCAUGAUCCUCCUAAUCCCAAUCAGGAACAGCGUUCUUCCUCAUAUCAUUGAGGCCAAAUACUUGGACAUAAUGGAUGCCCAGCACAUGUAGCUAAAGAAGAACUCACUCCUUGGAUCCUCCCAAAAAGAUGUCUGGAUAAAAAA